CUGGCCGCUCGCUGCGCCUCCUCCUCUCGUGACAGAGAAAAGAGGAAGGAAUAUGGUUUGAUGUGACGCUCCUCCUGUUUCAGCGCUGCUGUAGCGGAUCUCUGCUUCAGACAGGAGGCUGGAGCUCGGUCCGAAUCAAAGCCGCCACCAUACCUGAGAAUAACGCCGUCCCCGAGACCCACAAUCCUGCAGGAGCGCUUCCAGCACACCGGGAGACAUAAAUGGUGGAGGCCGUGGUGGAGUUCGACUAUGAGGCUCAGCAGGACGAUGAGUUGACCCUGGCGGUGGGCGACGUCAUCAAGAACAUACGGCGGGAUGAUGGCGGCUGGUGGGAGGGUGAGCUGGGCGGACGCAGGGGUCUUUUCCCUGAUAAUUUUGUCAGGGAGAUAAAGAAGGAAGGGAAGAGAGAUGGAGGACAGGCGAGCAUGCUCAGGUCUGAACUUUCCAACGGCAGGGCCAGUCCCGUGUUGGACCAGAGCGCCCGACCCAGCAAGAAAGGAGAGCAAAUCCGCAAACGCAGAUGUAAGGCUGCGUUCAGCUACAUGCCUCAGCAUGAAGAUGAGCUGGAGCUGAAAGUUGGAGACGUCAUUGAGGUCAUCACAGAGGUAGAGGAGGGCUGGUGGGAAGGAUUUCUCAACGGGAAAGUCGGAAUGUUUCCCUCCAAUUUUACCAAAGAGGUCCUGACUGAGUCAGAAACGCCCUCUUUGGACACGCCCACCUCACAGGAGGAGCAUGGAAACAGCCACACCAGCAAGGACAGCCCCGGCAGUGAAAGUGACGGAACAGACAGUCGGUCAGAAACAGGGUCAGAAAUCCAGCCCAAAAAGGUCCAAGGCUUUGGGUUUGGAAACAUCUUCAAAGAUCAGCCCAUCAAGCUGAGACCUUGCUCCGUGGAUAUGGACACUCAGGGGGACAAGGUCGAAGGGAAACCAGCAAGCGUUGCGGCUGAAAGCAUGAAGACUGAACCAGAUGGCAAAACCAAAGUGCGGGAGCAGUGCAAAGUCCUUUUUCCUUACGAGGCCCAAAAUGAAGACGAACUCACGCUGAAAGAGGGUGAAAUUAUCAACAUCAUCACCAAGGACUGCGCUGACGCAGGAUGGUGGAUGGGGGAGAUUGGUGGGAGGCAAGGUGUCUUCCCAGAUAACUUUGUCAAAAUGCUAGAAGCUGAGAAAGAGAGACCGAAGAAACCCCCACCACCCAGCGCUCCGUCAGUGAAACACGCCGCAGAGAAAAAAUGUGAAGCGAAGAAACUUCCUCCUGAGCGGCCUGAGCAUCUUCCCCUGAGAGACCAGGAACGAGGUGAAGAUAUGAAGACUGGAGAAAUCCCUAAACCCUCCCUCCCCACCCACCUUCUCAAGAAGCCCCUCCCCCCAAAGUCAAGCUCCUCCUCCGCUUCCCAUCCCCCACGACGUCCAGAGAGACCACCUAUUCUAGCGUGUGAAAGCCCCAAAUCUGAAGGCGGGGCUUCGACACCAGAUUCUGCCCCUGACAGGUCACAAGUCGCCGAUGUGGACCUGGACGUGGUCGUCACGUCCACGGAGAAGCUCAGUCACCCGACUGUGUCACGGCCUCGUGUCAUGGACCGCCGACCUCGCUCUCAGAUCAUCGCACCUUCCUCGCUGUCCUGUACAGACCUGGACUCUCUUGUAGCGACUGACAGGAAGGACAAGAAGAAGGAAGAACAUGAGUCCAUCUCUGUCAGACCUAUGGACGUGUCCCUGAGGAAAGGAAUUCCCAUUAUCCCAGUACCAGACAGUAAAGCAGCUCUGUCGAAGCCCUCUGUCCUGUCUCCACCAAACUCCGGCCAUCGCUCCAUCUCCCCAUCCUCCUCCUCGCAUCUGACCCCCUCCCCGGAGCUCCGGCAAGCACCACUGAUGCCACCAACGCUGGAGGAACUCAGGAACCAGCUGAGAGACUUGAGAGCCUCCAUAGAGCUGCUGAAGAGCCAGCACAAGCAGGAGAUGAAGCAGCUGUCCAACGCGCUGGACGAAGAGAAGAAGAUACGUGUUAGUUUACAGGUGGAAGUAGAGCACAUAAAGAAGAGCCUGUCCAAAUGAGGACUAAAGCAUGCUCAUCAGCCCACUCUGAUCACAUCUGAAAAACAUUAUCACUGCUAGUUUUGACACUUCAGACAAAACUGAGUUUGUGCCAAAUAAUCGUCACGAUCAGCAACGAUUAAGCACCAUGGAGUCUGCCAUCUUUUCCCCCUUUGCCGCCUUAUCCUGUGUUUACUUCAUUUAUGUUUUUCUUUCAUCAAGUCUUAUUUGUUCAGUUCACUGCGGUCUUGCUGUGCCAUUGGUACUGACUGACCGUGGCUUGUCGCCACGGUAAUCGAACAUGGAGCUGCGGCUGCCGUGGCGACCGCAUUGGUACUUUAUGCCACUGACGGCAAAGAAAUCUUCAACCUCUGUAGCCCGGUCGGAUCAGGUGACCUCUGUGCUGUACUGCGUCCACUUUGUGGCCUUCACCUCCAGUGUGUGUGUGUAUGUGUGUGUGUGUUUCUGUUGGUUUUCCUGAUAUGUGAGGACAGUAAGUAUAGCAGUUGAAAGUAGGGACAUUUUAGCAAAAGGAUGUUCUUUCCUCUAAAAAACAAAGUUCUUGGCCUAAACAUGGUUUCCAUCACAGAAUCCAGAACUUGAUUAAGUUUCAGGAUCAUAAGCUCCUGCCCCUCAAACAUCCCUUGCGUAGCUUUUAUUUUUGUGCUAUGAACUGCUUCAUUUAUAUUGUAAUUAUAAUAUAAAAUCACAUAAAUGAGGGACCAAUACUGAAGCUUUUUAAACAAUGUAGAUAAAAAGGCCAAACCGAAUCCAAAAAUGCUUCCAAACUGUUUGUUUUUGUCCAUUGUAAACUUGCAGGGAGCUUUUUUACAUUUUCAUAUUUCAAUAAUAAAUUUAACUUUUUUUUCUUUUUAAAAAUCCAGUAACAAAUUUAAAUAAAAUCUCUCCAUUUUUGUGGUAUUAAAGUUACAAAAACCAGAAGUGUUAUUCUUUAAAGAAUGUUUUUGCCAUUUUGAAGUGUGCCUGUAAAUAAAUAUGAUCUUACCUGUUGUAGAUGGCCUCAUGAAUGUAGGCCUCUGUACUGAGAAAAAAGCGUAAAAGUCUUACCAAUCUGAAACUCAAACUGUAUCCAUGUCAAUUUAGUAAGUUUUGCACAAUAUUGUAGUUAUUUGCAAAUAUAACCAUACUUUUAUAAGUCUCAGAGAGCUGAUUUUGUUUCAUAAUGGAUACAUUUGAAACUAUUUCUUCAGAAACACACUUUAAUGUAACCAAAAUCUUCAUUGUGUUUGAUUAUUCUGAAAAACGCAGCAUUAUUUUUUUGUUUCCCCUUCAACGGGGUUAAACUUGCAGUAAGACAUCACACCAAAACACACAAGGAUUAGAGGAGCUGAUUUACAUUCUAGGUGUUAUUAAAACACGUCUAAGGGAACACAUCAUGGGUUUCUUAGCUUAGUUUAAAUACAGGAAGGUUUUUGUUUGUCUUAUCUGUAAAUAAACAAGAUAAAAAUGCAGCUGAGUUUUUAUAAUGACAAGAACUUUAACUGUUUAGAACAUACAUCUUAUAAUAAAGAUUAUAAAAACAAGAUUUGAUGGUUGAGGAAGUGCAAAAAAACAAGAAUUUAAUCCAGAUCACAUCCAUAUAAAAAUAUGACUAGAUCAUUGUUUUUAUUUUGUGA